AUGGCUACCAAUUCAGUUGCUACCUUGCCUCCCCGGUACGAAUUCGAAUCGCCAUCGGUAGAUUCCAUCCAAUGUACUGGCAAACCAUCAAUAUUCUCCUUCAUGCAGAAGAGGGAGAAACGAGCAAUUGUUUUAUCUCGCAUCCGUGACAUCGUUUCCGCUCCCAAUUUUUCAUCUUCCUCUAUCGUCCCAACCGUUAAUACAUGUGCUGCUGCUAUCUCACCUGCAGAAUUCUCCAAACUCCUGCAAAAACGCAAUAUCGAAGGUCACACGGCAAUGUAUUGGGCGAUUGUGAAUCACCGACGAGAAGCCUUGUGGGCAUUUGUUUCAUUCAUCACCCGAUUCUCGUCUGCUUGCGUCUCCGACUUGCGGCUCGCUUGCAUGUUGACCAGUGACCACGCAUUGUUUGCAAAGCGGAACUUAGCACGCGUUAUUGGCAGCUCCAAGGACGAGUCUUUCAGAAAAUUUUUGGGUUGUCCACCGGAUGAGGUUCAGAUCCAUGACACAGGGGACGGCAUGUGCAAGAUCCAAUUUAACGUCUGUUUCCGCAUUGGAAUGUUUCGGAAGCGACUGCUCACGAAACGAAAAUUUGGCAAAGAAUUUGUUGCGGCGGGGCGCAUUUGGUCGCUCCGAAUGUCAUCAGUGGCACCCGACGGGUUUUGCCGCAUCCACUUGAAACUUUCUGAUGAAAGCUUGCCAACGCGUCUAGAUGCUGUCCUGGUCAUCGAGGCUCACUCGGGGAAACCUGGAUGUGAAAUCCCACCUCAGGAUCUGCGAAAGCCAAAUCAUCCUGAUGAUUUCACGAUUCCUCAAUCCCCCAUCGGUUACGCAGGUCGCCCGCUCGAACGUACACGGAUACGGAGCUUAUCAUCUUCACAUGGACCCUAGAACAUUGGCUGAUGUACGAGUAAGUCUUCCCAUGCCACAGAGCGGGGACAUACUUUGUGGCUGUUCUUCCAUUCAAAUCAAUUGGACUGACAACACAAUGUGCAGAAAUACUAUGUAUGCAGACUGCAAUGGCACCC